CAAUCCUAUGAAAUUGAACACAGCCAAAGCGAAAUGCGAAGUUCGCUCGGCGGCGUUUCGCGGCGAUAGAUUUAAUUCUAUCGCCAAUGCUGGGCGAAUGCGGCAGUGCUUGCCAAAGGUGGCCGUAGUUUUUUUUUGUUUCAAAGUUUUAGAAGAAAACAACAAAUUGACAGGAUUAAUUGUUGUUGGUUUGAAAAUAUAAUAGUGGAUUAUUUUAAUCUGGCUUAAAAUAAGAUGAUUUAUAAGAAUUUAUCUUUGUUUUAUAUUUAUAUUCUUAUUAUUUUCCAAUUUCCAAAUAUAGGCUCGUUUUUUUAAAACAUGGUAACCCAAUUAUAAGUGCGACGAAAUCAGCUGUUUCUUCGGUUGUUUUAAUUUAUAGUAGCCAAACAAAAGAAUGGAUAUCAACGAGAUUCUGAUCGAACAAAUUAAACAAAAUGAUUGUUUAUUUAAUUUAUCACAUCGCGAAUACAAAAAUGUCCACAAGAAAAUGGAAAUUUGGGAAUCAGUUGCUCAGUCCUUGAAUUUGAGCGCGGAUGCAUGUCGCAAGCGCUGGAAAGGGCUCCGAGAUACAUAUAAGAAACGAAAGCGUUCUGAGCUCCUUGCGUCUGGAAGUGGCGCUCCCAAUCCUGUUAAAAGAUGGAAAUAUAUGGAAAUGCUAUCUUUUUUGGACAACUACACUGAUUCUAGACCAACGGUGGGAAAUGUUGAAUCAGAUAUUGUGUACGAAGAUUUAGUGGAUUGCUCCAUGUCUACAAUCGUGGAUGAAGAGGACCCUCCGCCAAGAAAAGUUGUGACAAAGAAACAGGCAGACAACGAAAUAACCUCGGCGUUUAAGGAAGCAAUGAAACAAUGUUCAGAAACCGUACAAAACUUAGCUAGUAUUCCUUGCGAACAAGAAAAAGAACGCGAUUCAACAUCACUUUUGUUUGAAAGCCUGGCAAAAAAAAUUUCCACAGCCAAUAUAUCACAAGAAAAUUUGCGCAUUAUUGAAUGCAAAGUUGUUGCUUUAGUUUAUAAAGAACUAAGAGAGUCCAGUGUUUAAUUAAUUUAAGACGCUACGUUUUUGUAAUAGAAAUGAGAUCUCCAAGUACAAAUGGAUGUAUAACAUCUAAUAUUUAUUGAAUUAAUUUGUAACAUUAACAAUUAAAGUAUAACAUCCAAUAUGUAUUAAAUUAAAUGUACUUACAUACAGCCUGCGAUAAAACGAUAGCACCUUAACAUUUUGAUCAGUUAAGACUAUUUUUCUUUUGUUUUUUUUUUAAUGUUAAAUAAUUUUUUAUAAAAGUCCUUAGA